AUACUUCAAGCGGAUCUACUCGACUAAUAUCAAUCCAUCAAACCCCUGACAGGCGCUAACUACAACAUCUAGAUACUUCCAAAGCCCUUCAGGUGCCGGUGCCAGCACAACUGCACUCAACAAGAUCUUUGACAGCUACCGAGAUUCACCCUCAGAUAACCCCGACGGAAUCGGCAUCGAGGGAGCCAUGAAAUUCUACGGAGACAUCCAAGUGGGCCUAGACGAAGUCGCAUGCCUUGGGAUCGCCGAGCUUCUCAAAUCCCCAUCCAUGGGCGAGUUCACCCGGGAAGGAUUCCUCAACGGCUGGAGAGCCACCGGGUACGCCUCCUCCUUUCCUCCAGCACUCACCACAACUAACCAAUCACAAACCAGUUGCGACUCAGUGAGCAAGAUGAUCUCCCACGCUGCAGACAUUCGCGAACGAAUCCCCAUCAAACCAGACCUCUUCCGUCGCGUGUACCGCUUCACCUUCCCGCUCUGCCGCAUGCAAGGCCAGCGCAACCUGCAAUUCGAUAUCGCGGCCGAACAGUGGCGCCUCUUCUUCACGCCGCAGAACGGCGGAGUGCAGUGGAAUACCCGUACGACUCCGUGGUUGGACUGGUGGAUUGAGUUUCUGGAGGAGCGUGGAAAGCGUCCGGUGAACAAGGAUCUGUGGGAGCAGUUGGAGGUGUUCAUGCGCAAGACCCAGGAUGAUGAGAACUUUGAAUGGUGGACUGCGGAUGGGGCGUGGCCGGGUGCUUUGGAUGACUUUGUUGAGUGGGUGCAGAAGAAGAGAGGAAAGAACUCGGAGGCUAUGGAUGUUGAGUAGAGGGUGCGCAUCUUCCUAGGUAGAUAAUGGGAUGCCUUUACGGAGGUUAAAUGGAUUUUUACUAUAGUGGUGGCUUGGUUUAGAUGGGGAAUCUUAGAUUUUGUUGUAUUGGCAUAGGGUACUAUGGCGGUGGUGGUAGAUAAGAAGAGGUAUGCAGAUGGUCGCCAGGAUAAGUAAGAGAAAACGAAACACAUUCAUCGUAACAGGUGCAGCGCAGACACAUCUCCAUCUCGACGCUUGAGCUAGAUGAGAAAUAUGUGCAGGUCAAAUUAGGAUGUCAUAGGGGAUGGACAACAGGUAUCAUGGUGCUGGAUGGUCUCUGGCCGAUGUGGCCGCUCUCCCGGCAGGCCCUUCCGGCUUCG